UUGAAACAACAACAACAAAAUAAUGUUGUUAGUUCAAGAUUGAAUGUCAUGAGAGAAAACAGCAACAAGAACAUGAAAGAAAGAUGGGAGUGUCGGAAUCAUGAUCAAAUGAUGAGUGGGAGUAGUACUACUGUGGGAAUGUUUUCAUGGCCUCCAAGAUGUUACACUUGUAGCUUUUGCAAAAGAGAGUUUAGAUCUGCUCAAGCACUUGGAGGUCAUAUGAAUGUCCAUAGAAGAGACAGAGCUAGACUCAGACAACUCUCUCCUCCACCAGUACUACCUUCUUCAAGAGAUCCUUUCAUCAUCAACCUCAACAUAAACCCUAACCCUAAUCUUGAUCAUCAUUCCCCACCUCAUCCUAUUUCUCCUCUUUCCUCAUCCCCACCCACUCCCCAGAUCAAGAAAUGGACAAAUUUCGAUAAUUAUAUGUUCAAAGGGGGAAACCAUUUGGCCAAACCGACUACCACACCCAUUUGCGCUGCUAAUCUCAGCCAGGAUUUGGAGAAAGAUGAGAUUUUUAUGAAAUUGGAUUUGAAGAUUGGACUGGUUAGAGAAUCAGAGGAUGAUGAACAAGACUUGGAUUUGGAGCUUCGAUUGGGAUACACUCACUACUAGCUAGCUCCUUUUUUGCACCUUUGAUUCUCAGUAAGAUAUAAUAUAUAUAUUAAUUAU